ACCAUACUCACUAUUGGUUCGUGACAAGCACGCAUACAAGUGGGCAAGUGUACCAGACAGUCAUCGGUUGCCCGAAAACAAGGUGCCGGUGUCUACACCGGCAAUAAAGCUCCCCAGCACCACCUCUUUCUUUCUACUAAUCCUUUACUUUUGUUUUACUUUCCCAAGAUCCGCCUGCCUUUUCACAUUCUCUCUCAAUCUCUGCAUCUACUUACAUUUGCUCUGUAUUACUUUCCAUCGUUAGAUCUUUGCUGCAUUUCGUGGAUCUACUGAAUGCGUAUUGAAAGUUUGAAACCACCCGCAUUGUUGAAUUUUGAGUUAGGGUUUGUUUACUGGUUGGCGUACACCAUUGCCUAUUUAAUGCAGUUUUUAAAUUUUCGUGAAAGACGGUUUUGUCAGCGGACGGAGCUUAACCGGAACCCCCCAGACUACUCGCUUAACGGAGUUUUGUAAUGAGUACAAUGUGAAUUAGUUUAUGGGGGAGAGAAUAUGCUUCUUUUACUCCUCUAUCUGCUACCUCUGCUUCCAGUUAGCUUCGGUCAAUUGAAAGCGCUGCAUAGACCGCAUUUUAAACCUCCUUUGAUAUCACUGAAUGCACCUUCUCCUUCUCCAGCAUCUCAAGGUCCAGCUGCUGCUCCUAUUGGUCGUACUCGAUCAAGGCAUCACCACUACCACCAUCGGGUGAGAACUCAUGCGAUUUCUCCAGCUCCAUCGGCUGUAGCAGGUUGUGGUCACACUUGUGCGGAGCCUCUUACUUCAGCUCCGAUUGGUUCAACCUGUGGUUGUGUGCUUCCAAUGAAAGUCAGACUUCUUCUAGAUGUAGCACUGUAUGCUAUCUUUCCUGAGGUCAAUGAAUUAGAAAUUGAAAUUGCAGCAGGCAUCUAUCUAAAACAAAGUCAAGUGGCCAUAAUUGGUGCGACUGCAGAUGGUCAAAAUCAGGGAAGAUCAAUGGUUGACAUUAACCUGGUGCCACUGGGGGAAAAAUUUGAUGACACUACUGCUAUCCUGACUUAUGAGAGACUUUGGCAAAAGAAGGUGCCUCUGAAUAGGACCCUUUUUGGUGAUUAUGUAGUAGUAUACAUUACAUACCCAGGGCUUCCUUCAUCAUCAUCUGGUACUUUUGGUGAUGGUCCAAGUGGAAGUGCGGGAAAUCAGAAAGACCCUAUCAGUGCAUAUUUUGUUGACAAGAAUCAGAAAAUGAACCCUCAAAUGAUUUUUGUCAUUGCUCUGUCAGCAUUUGUACUCUUGGUAGUUUGCUGCGUGACAGUUGUGAUACUCAUGAAGUGCAGGAAGUCUAGCAGACCAUCCAAUGCUGUUGGUCCAAUAUAUCCACCAUCGACAAACAAGAGAUAUGGGAUUGGAUCUAUGUUCUCAAGUAGCCCAAGCAGCUCUAUAUCGGCAUCUCUUGUUGCAACCAUGCCUGCUUCAUUUCUUUCUGUUAAAACAUUUCCACUUCCAGAGCUCGAGAAAGCCACGGAUAAGUUUAGUUCAAAAAGAGUGCUGGGUGAAGGGGGGUUUGGACGUGUUUAUCAUGGGAUCAUGGGAGAUGGAACUGAAGUUGCUGUUAAGUUGCUUACCAGGGAAAAUCAAAAUGGAGAUCAAGAAUUUAUUGCUGAAGUUGAGAUGCUAAGCCGAUUGCAUCACCGCAACCUUGUAAAGUUAGUUGGUAUAUGCAUUGAAGAACGUACACGCUGCUUGGUCUAUGAGCUAGUUCCAAAUGGCAGUGUGGAGUCCCACUUACACGGUGAUGACAAGAAGAAAGUGCCUCUUGACUGGGAUGCACGGUUGAAGAUUGCUCUUGGUGCGGCAAGAGGAUUGGCUUAUCUUCAUGAAGAUUCUAAUCCUCGUGUAAUUCAUCGAGACUUCAAAGCCAGUAAUGUUUUGUUAGAACACGACUUUACCCCCAAGGUUUCAGAUUUUGGUUUGGCUAGGGAAGCAACAGAAGGAACUCAUCAUAUAUCAACUAGGGUGAUGGGAACUUUCGGGUAUGUUGCACCUGAAUAUGCAAUGACAGGACAUCUACUUGUCAAAAGUGAUGUUUACAGUUAUGGAGUUGUUCUAUUAGAGCUUCUAUCGGGAAGAAAACCCGUGGACAUGUCUCAACCUCCAGGACAAGAAAACCUCGUGACUUGGGCGCGAUCUCUUCUGACUAGUCGAGAAGGCUUGGAGGAGUUAGUGGAUCCCUCCUUGGCUGGAACUUAUGAUUUCAAUGACAUGGCAAAGGUGGCAGCCAUUGCUUCUAUGUGUGUUCGCUCAGAGGUGACAAAUAGGCCUUUCAUGGGAGAAGUGGUUCAGGCACUAAAACUUAUCUACAACGACACAGACGAGACUUGUGGGGAUGCUUGUAGUCGGAAAGAGUCUUCUGCUCGGGAAUCUGACUUCAAAUAUGAGUUUCCCCAUUCUGACAGUAGUUGGUGGAAUGCUGGCGGGAUUACCCCACGAUUGACAUAUGGGCAAGCCUCUCCUUUCAUAACAAUGGAGUACAGUUCAGGCCCUCUAGAAGAAUUUGAGAACAGACAGUUUUCAGCUUCAGGGUUGGUCGAGGGUGAGGCAGCCUGGCCUAUAAGGCACGGAAAUAGAUCAGGCCCUUUAAGGACACUUCGGAGUAAACGAGCUUUUUAUAGAUUAAAGGGGAGUAUGAGUGAACACGAUGGCCUCUCUAGAUGCGAUUGGAAUGAUGGCACUGGAUACCAAGCUUCAUUAUAAUUAUAAAGUGAUUAAAAUGUACAGUUCUGAGGACCCAUUUAUUCAGAAAGUUAUUUCGAGUGCAGCUUUAGGCAGCUGAAAUUGGCUCAAUUUCCUUACGUCCAGGUGUUCUAUAUGCAUGCUACGUAUUAAUUUUUUGCAGGUUCAGUAUUUGAUGAACGAGCAACUCUUUACUUUUGAUUCAGUUAUUUUUGGCUCAGGACAGGAGUCUCCAUAUCUAUGCUAGUCUUUGAAAAAUGUUUUGUUGCUUAAUAGGGAGCCCAAAUAUCUGGACCGGACCAAUAUUGGGUUGGGCCCUUCUUUAAUGCAACACGUGAACUUUCCGUCUAUUACGGCGAUGAUAGAGACAUUGUUCGCACGUAAUGUCUGGGAAUUGACGGCCACGAUUGAACCGAAGGCAAUACCGUUGAUCUGAUAACAACACUUUUGUCGCACACGGCACAUCCUCGAAUGUUUCAAAAUUUUCAUAUUAUUGUAUUUUAAAAUUUCUAUCAUAUUACCCUAAGAAGCUAAUGAAUGACUUCACGCGCAUUUUCUCGCGCGUUGCCA